GUCCUGAUGACAUCACAUCCUCUCCUAUAAGUUACGCUGCCUCCAAAGUUCAGUGACAAAGAUCAGCCGCGCUGCGCUGCACCGCCCCGAGGACGAUGGCCGGGUCUCCUGCACUGCUCCUCCUGCUCAGCCUGGGGCUCUGCUGCACCGGCGCCCAGGGACAGAGGAACAGAAUGGAGGCCAGGUUCCUCGAUAGGAAUAUGAAGCACCCCACGGAGGGACAACGUGUGGAGCUGGAGUGUCCAAGUUACAACAGUGACAGUGGUGUCUCCUGGAUUCGACAGGACAAGGAUGGGAAACUUCACUUCAUUGUCUACAUUUCCAUGUUUUCCAAGACCACCUGGCCAGGAAACGUGCAAGCAUCUUCACAGUUUGAGGGGUCAAAACAAGGCAAUGUCUUUCGGCUGGUGGUGAAGUCCUUCAUGGCGCAGGACCAGGGAACCUAUUUCUGCAUCACCAAUGUCAACCAGGUGCUGCACUUCAGCUCUGGACAACCCGCCUUCUUCCCAGUCACAACAACCACAGCAGCACCCACCACACCUGCUGCCACCACGCAGAGCAGCCUCAUCACCAAGAAGGACAUCUGCUUACAGAGCUCGGAUCCAGGAACAAGCAACGAGAAUCUGCUGAAUUUCUACUGUGAGAUUUUCAUCUGGGCUCCCCUUGCUGGUGUCUGCCUCGUGCUCCUUGUAGCUCUGAUCGUCACCAUCGUGCUCUGCCAAAAGACCAGAAGACGGCGAUGCAGGUGUAAAAGACCUCCAAACGGGAAGCCUGGUGCGAAACCCCCCGUGCCAACCCGACACAUAUGAGCAGCUGCAGCGCCCGGCUGCUGGUCAGCAUCUGGGAGCCAGUGCUGCCAAAGGCCACCUCGCACAUCACCCACACAGCUAUCCUGAGAAUAGGACACAGUGACUCAGCCUGCACCUCCCUGAAGCACAGCUCUUACAGAACCAGAGCUUUUCCAUUGGAUUCCAAAGGCCCAGUAUCAGCUUUUGACCCAGCGCAGCUCCAUGGUUCCAGCAGCCCUGAUGCAAACACCCACUGGUGAUAAGUGGAUGAGAAAUAAGGAUAUAGACUGGACACCUGCCCUCUUUUUCGUGUUGCUGUGCACCCCCUCAGAGUUUCAUAAAGUCACAGAAUGGCUCAGGUUGGAUGCCUCCUUAUAGACCUUCACAUCCCAACCCCAGCCAUGGGCUGGGUGCCCAAAGCCCCAUCCAAACCCAGCCCCGAGCAAAGCUUCAUCUCAUAUAACACAGGGCUGCGCUGAGAAAGCAAACACGGAUAUAAGGGCUGUACUUUUGGGGGUUUUACACUCCUGCAGGCUGAAGUUUCCUACUUCCCCUUGGCUCCCUUCAUCCUGCUGCUGGCCCCACACCCACUGCUGCUCAGCACUUCCACCUGGGCACAGAGCGGGAUUUCCCUUCUUUCUGGAAUAAAUGGUUAUGUAUUAUUAAAUCAACAGCCUUUAUUACUUGCUUUGGCUAAGCGGGACUUUCAGCAUGAUUCUACUUGGAGCACUGUGAAAGAGAGUUCUGUUUAUCUUUUCUGAUGUAAAUAAUCCCUUGUUACACUGACACGUCAACACCUGAGAUAAAAUAAAGCAACGUUUCCAGCCAGA